UAUCUGCUACUAAUAUUUUAUUAAUUGUUUUCUAUCCUAGUAAUUUUUUUAAUUUAAUUGUUUCAUGUACAGUAUAAUGGUAUUAGUUUGUUAGAAGAUGAUGUCAACUAGUUUAGAGCUAAGUGGGCAUUAAUCAUAAUUUCAAACAUUUUAUCUCAACCUAAAUAGUAGUUUAUUUUCGUUUAAAAUUUGCAUGACUAUAUGCAUUAGUUAAUAAAAUAGUAAAAUUAUUGUUUGAAUUAAUAUUUAAUUAUUAGAACAUGUUUUAAGCAAAUAUAUAUUAAAAUUAUAUCUGAAUUUUGUUGUCUAUUAUUGUACAUGGAACUAUCAAACAAUUGUAAAAAGACAAAACUAAAAGUAAUAUUUGUUAAAAAAAAAAUUGAAAAUAAAACAAUAAUGUACGAUGGUUUUAACAUAUAAAUCAUCAUUAAAACUCAUUUUAGGAUAUGCUUCUUUAUUGAAAAUUAUCUCUAAAAUAACUAUAAGAGAUGUUUUUUCAUACAAAGCGUUGUUAAAAUAACUUUUGGAGAUGUUUUUCAUAACAAUUAAUGUCUCUAAGCAUACAAUAUGCAAUACUUUUAAAUACAAAAGCAUUGCUAAACAUAACUUCAAGGGAUGCUUUUACAUAAAAAGUGUUGUUAAACUAACUUUAUGUCAUGCUUUACAAUAACAACAUAUUUCAGGUGACAUUUUUUAAAACAUCACUGGAAGUAUUUUUAGUGACACCUUUUGUUUUAAGGCAUCACUAAUCUUACUUUAGGAAACCCUUUUUGCUUUUGAAAAAGCGUUGUUGUUGUUCAUAUUUAACGACAAUUUUUUAUAAAUGGAUGAUAUUUUAAAAAUCAUAUAAUUGUUGUCUAAAUAGUUUCUAAUCAAACAAUUGUAAAUAGAAAAAAUUAAAAAUAAUUUUUAUUAAAAAAUGAAAAUAAAACAACAAUAAACAAAACUUGGGUAUAAACCAUCGUUAAAACUCACUUUAGGACUUUAGGAAGGUUUUUUUAUUGAAAAGUGUCACUAAAAUAACUAUAGGAGAUGUUUUUUACAUACAGAGCAUUGCUAAAAUAACUUUUUGAGACUCUUUUCAUAACAAUUAAUGUCACUAACCAUACUAUACACGAUACUGUUAAAUACAAAAGCGUUGCUAAAGAUAACUUCAAGCAAUGCUUUUACAUAAAAAAAACAUUGUUAAACUAAUUUUAUGCGAUGCUUUACAAUAAAAAUAUAUUUCAGGUGACAGUGACACUUUUUCUUUUAAGGCAUUACUAACCUUAUUUUAGGAGACACUUUUUGCUUUUGAAAAAGCGUCGUUGUUGUUCAUAUUUAACGAUGCAUUUUUAUCAAUGGAUGAUAUUUUAAAAAUCAUAUAAUUGUUUUCUAAAUAGUUUCUAAUCAAACAAUCGUAAAUGGAUAAAAUUAAAAAUAAUAUUUAUUAAAAAAAUGAAAACAAAACAACAAUAAAUGAUGCUUUUAGAUAUAAAUCAUCAUUAAAACUCACUUUAGGAGACACUUCUUUAUUUACGGUGUCACUAAAAUAACUAUAGGAUACGUUUUUUCAUACAAAGCAUUUCUAAAAUAACUUUUAAAAACGAUUUUCAUAACAAUUAAUGUCACUAACCAUACUAUAUGCGAUAUUUUUAAAUACAAAAGUGUUGCUAAAUAUAACUUCAAGCGACACUUUUACAUAAAAAGCGUCGUUAAAUUAACUUUAUGCAAUGCUUUACAAUAAAAACAUAUUUCGAGUGACACUUUUUUGAAGUAUUUGUAAUGACACUUUUUUUUUUAAAGCAUUGCUAACCUUUCUUUAAGAGAUCCUUUUUGCUUUUGAAAAAGUGUCAUUGUUGUUCUAUUUAAUGACACUUUUUUAUCUAUGGAUGAUGCUUUAAAAAUCAUAUAAUUGUUGUCUAAAUAUUUUCUAAUCUUUUUGGAAAUGCUUUUGAUAGCUUCAAAUGAUGCUAAAAGCAUCAUUUAACGUAUCAAUCCUGAGACACUUUUAACAGUGUUGGCUAUUAUUUUGCAUUUUUGAGCGGUGCUUCGUCUAGCAUCAACUUUUGUUUCAUAUGACACCUAGACUACAUCUCAUAUCAAUGUUUUUCUUAUAGUGAAAUGAAACAAUAUCAAAUCUCAAUUAAAGAUAUCACAAAGUUGAAAAGGACACACAUACCAUUAAUUAUUACAAAACCCAUAUUGGAACAAUUACAAAGACAUGGAGAUCCAUAACCUUAUCAUCAAUAAAAGUUGAAAAAAUAAUACUACAAAUACCAUCUAGUUUACCAGCAUGUUUACCAAGAGUAUACAUGUCAUUAUUUAAUUGGUUUAUAUUUACUAAUACUUAUUUCUUCAACGAGUCACUUAUCCAUUCUAGGUUCUAUUAAUAUAUUAACCAAUCAAUCAAAUAGUGACACAUGUACUUUUGAUAAACAUAUUGAUAAAUUAGAUAAUGUCUAUAAUAUUGCUCAAAUUGAAGAGAACCUAUAUUCUUUAGGAAAUUUCCAACUAACAUAACACCUGAAAUCAAUGGCAUUAAUUAUUACAAAACCCCUAUUGACACAAUUAGAAGGUAUGGAUAACCAUAUCAAUUGGCACAAAUUUGAAAAGACGAACCGACCAAUUAUUACACAAUCCCAUUAUCAAAAUUAUAAGGCAUGGAUAACCACAUCUUUGUCAUCCAUAAACAUUUUUCUUUUUAUCAUUACUAAUUUAAAGGAGAGAGAGAGAGCUACAACCAUAUAGAUGUAGAAUAGAUAAGGAAGAUACUAAUCAAGCUAACCUUAUUUAACUAUCAUCAAUAAAAAUUGAAUAGGACGAAUAUAUUCUCUAAAACAUUUCCAAUUAACAUGACCACCUGAAAUUAAUUAAAGAUCUUUUUAACGUUUUUUUAGUUUAAGUUGCACAAAUGCUAGAAAAGUAACGAUUAAUUCCAUACACCAUCCAACUCUUCUACAGAUGGUUUGAAUUAUGUAUAAUUUAAUUCAUUUUGUUUUAAAAAUAUCAUUAACCUCCUUUCAUUUUCAAUCACAUGUUUUGUAUUGAUAUCAUUCACACCCCCCCAAUAAGAGUACCAGCUGUAAUUUUCAAAGUCAAGGGGAUUUAAUUGUAAUUAUUUGACUAAAAAAUUAGAAAAAUAAAAAUUAGAGUUUCUUUACUCGUGUAUAAAUAUAUGUAAAUUGCUAUCGAGAACACCAACCCAAACACAAACACAAACAAAGGGAGAUGGAAGAAACGCAAAAAGAGCUAAAAUGUGAGAAUGAAGAAGAUCAUAGGAGAGCCAAAUUCGAAAUAUGGAAAUACAUAUUUGGAUUUGUAGAAAUGGCAGUGAUGAAAUGUGCUAUAGAGCUGGGGAUAGCCGAUAUCAUUGAAAACCAUGGAAACCCCAUCACACUCUUUGAAUUAUCAUCCAUGCUAGGCUGCUCUCCUUCCCAGCUUCACCGAAUCAUGAGGUUCUUAGUCCACCGCAGGAUAUUCAUAGAGACAAACACAUCCCAGUCAACCUCUCCAUCUUAUUCACAAACACCUCUUUCCCGCCUCCUCAUGAAAACCGGAGAACACAGCAUGGCUGCGUUCGUCUUGAUGGAGAGCAGCCCUCCAAUGCUGGCACCGUGGCACUGCCUGAGUGCCCGAGUACUUGGCAAUGGCUCAUCGGCUUUCGAGGCUGCAAACGGUGAAGAUUUGUGGAGCUAUACGAUCGCAAAUCCUGCUCACGGCCAGCUUUUCAAUGAAGCAAUGGCUUGCGGGGCAAGAGUGACCGUGCCGGCCAUAGUUGACAAGUGUUCCGACAUGUUCGAAGGUAUUGGGACGGUGGUGGAUGUGGGUGGUGGAAAUGGGACAGCUUUGGGGAUGUUGGUGAAGGCUUUUCCAUGGAUUCGAGGCUUAAAUUUUGAUCUUCCUCAUGUUGUUUGUGCUGCAAAGAAGACUGAGGGUGUUGAGAAUGUUGGGGGUGACAUGUUUGAUUGUGUUCCCAAGGCUGAUGCUGUUUUUGUCAUGUGGGUCCUACAUGACUGGGAAGAUGAUGAAUGUAUCCAAAUACUCAAGAAGUGUAGGGAAGCAAUUCCAAAAGAGAAAGGAAAGGUGAUAAUGGUAGAAGCAGUGAUACUUGAAAAAGAUGAUGCGAAAGAAGAAGACGAUCUAAGUGAUGUGAAGCUGAUGCUAGACAUGGUGAUUAUGGCUCAUACAAAUACAGGCAAAGAAAGGACUUUGAAGGACUGGGUCUACGUUCUUGGCCAGGCCGGUUUUAGUCGUCACACCAUUAGACCCAUUGACGCUAUUCAAUCUGUUAUUGAGGCUUUUCCUUGAUAUCUCUUUAGAUAUAGCUCUAAGUUUGGGUACGUGUGGAUAAGGCACUGCUUAAGAUCCAAUUAUCCACCUCUAAUAUUGAUAAAUAAGAUAUAUAUAUAUAUAUAUAUAUAUAUAUAUCUUUUUUAUCUGGGUGU